CAUUUUUGCAAAGGGAAAAGAGACUGGUUUGAGGGGAUCUAAUUUCUAAAAGUCGCGGAUGACUAGGGUGCAGUUUUAACGGUUUUGAAUUUAUUUCUAAUCAUAUUUGGGAAACAUCGUAGAACAAGAAAGCCAGGGAUUUUUCACAGCAAAAAACUCUUUAGACGACAAGUUUAUAUACAAACAUUUUAAAGCUUUGCUAGGGAUCCGCAGUGUGUGGACAGAAGUAUUGUUUUGGUUGUGGAAGCUGUGUGGAAAGCGACGGGGGUCUUACCCAGGUCCCCUUAUUCGCUAUUCAGAUCAUCCAGAGUGGACAUAAAACGGCCUUGUGGAUGCACUUAGAUGUCUGCAAUGACUGCUGUGGCUGGCAUGCCUCAGUGUUUUGGACUCCCAUUCUCUGGACUCAGUAGGACAAGAACUGAUCAGCAGAGAACGUCAUGAGCAUAGUCAUCCCAGUAGGGGUGGACACAGCAGACACCUCAUACCUGGACAUGGCUGCAGGCUCAGACAGACCAGAAUCGGUGGAGGCCAGCCCUGUGGUUGUGGAAAAGUCCAGCUACCCACACCAGAUCUACAGCAGCAGCUCUCACCAUUCCCACAGUUACAUUGGCCUGCCUUACGCUGACCAUAACUAUGGGGCGCGGCCCCCACCCACUCCACCGGCCUCCCCUCCCCCCUCCAUGUUGAUCCGACAAGGAGAGGGGGGGUUGUUUGUUCCAGGGGGCCAGGACGAAGCAUCCAGGGGCACCACACUCAGCACCUCAGAGGAUGGCAGCUACGGGGCUGACAUCACCCGCUGCAUCUGUGGCUUCACCCACGAUGAUGGCUACAUGAUCUGCUGUGACAAGUGCAGUGCAUGGCAGCAUAUAGACUGCAUGGGCAUCGACAGGCAGAACAUUCCUGAGACCUACCUGUGUGAACGCUGUCAACCACGACACCUGGACAGAGAGAGGGCCAUCCUGCUGCAGACCAGGAAACGGGAAUGUUUGUCUGAUGGGGACACCAGUGCUACAGAGAGUGGAGAUGAAGUGCCCCUAGAGCUCUACUCCACCUUCCAACACACACCUACCACCAUCACCCUCACCACUGGGCGCCUUGGCAAUAGGCAGACUGAUAAGAAACGCAAAAAGAGUGGCGACAAAGAGCCUCCAGCUUCCUCUGCCCGAGCUAAAAAGGUCAGAUUCGACUAUGAAUUGGCCUUCAGAGAAGGAUCCAGAAAGUCCUCCAGAGUAAAGGGGGCAGCUCCAGAGCAGGAGCCGACAGAGCACCCGUCUCUGUGGGAGAACAAGAUCAAGACGUGGAUGGAGCGCUACGAGGAGGCCAGCAGCAAUCAGUACAGUGAGGACGUCCAGGACCUUCUGCGUGUUAAAGAGCAAGGCGACGGCAAGAGCCUGGCAUACAACACGCACCCCGCCUCUUUCAAACCGCCUGUGGAGAGUCAAAUUCAGAAAAACAAGAAAAUCCUCAAGGCGGUGCGAGACUUGGCCCCAGACUCCCUCAUCAUCGAGUACAGGGGAAAGUUCAUGCUUCGGCAGCAGUUUGAGGCCAACGGAUACUUCUUCAAGAGGCCAUACCCCUUUGUUUUGUUUUAUUCUAAAUUUGAUGGACUGGAGAUGUGUGUGGACGCUCGCAGCUUCGGCAAUGAGGCGCGCUUCAUCCGUCGCUCUUGCUCCCCCAAUUCUGAAGUGCGGCACGUCAUUGAGGAUGGGAUGCUGCAUUUAUACAUCUACUCGUUGAAGCCUAUCAUCAAAGGCACAGAGAUCACCAUUGGUUUUGAUUACGACUAUUGCAACUGUAAAUACAAGGUAGACUGUGCCUGUGUGAAGGGGAACCAGGAGUGCCCGGUGCUCAAGCACAACCUAGAGCCCACAGAGAACCUUGGCUCUGGAGGCCGGCGCCGAGGGAGUCGCAAGGACAGAGAGACUGUCCGGGACGACUUGGGCCAGAACCAGAACAUGGGUUUGGACGGCGAGGGGAAGAGCAAGAGCGUAUGUGACGGCAAACAGAGGAAACUCUCUCCUCUCCGCCUCUCCAUCUCCAACAACCAGGAUCCUGAGUUAUAUGAGGAUCUAGAAGACAAAACCUCCGUUAGCAAUGAAGUAGAGAUGGAAUCAGAGGAGCAGAUUGCAGACAGGAGGAGGAAAAUGGCCAACCCAGCGGAGCAGUCCCAUCUCCCUGUCGGGGCGGCUGCCAGCUGGAUAGGACUGAAACACAAGGAGACACGAGAAGAGAGGAAGAUGGAGGCCAUCCUGCAAGCCUUUGCCCGAAUGGAGAAGAGAGAGAAACGCAGAGAGCAGGCCCUGGAGAGAAUCGGCACCGUCAAGCCGGAGCUCGGGGGUCGCAGUGACAUCAAGGAGGAGCCUCCCGCCACACCGGAGAUGGCAGAUUCUCCAGCUUUCAUGCAGCCGCUUCUGGAGGUGAAAGAGGAGCCAGGGUUGAAGCCAGCCAAGGUCAAAAGCUCCAGGAACAGGAAAAGUUUCUCAAGGAACCGAACACACAUCGGCCAGCAGCGCCGGCGAACUCGCACCAUCAGCACCUGUUCGGACCUGGCUCCUGGCUCUCCAACCGAGUCUUUGGAGCCGCUGUCAAACGAACCCAUGGAAGGAGAGAUGCCGUCUGCACCGGAGCCAGAGACCCUUCCAGCCGAAGCUCCGGACAGCAGCCCUCCUCACAGCAGCUCACCGGCACCCGACAGAAACCGCAAUGGGAGCAAGAACUUCAAAACUAAAAAGCACUUUGUGAGUGAGUGGGUGGGAGAGAAGCAGCAGCAGCAGCAGCAGCAGCAGCAGGAGUGUGGUGCACGGACCCCAGAGCCGGCCCCUGAGAGACCGCUGAGAAUAAGCAGCGACCCUGAAGUACUCGCAACGCAGCUCAACGCCCUGCCCGGCAUGGCGUGCUCUCCGCAGGUCUACAGCACGCCCAAACACUAUGUCCGCUUCUCGUCCCCGUUCCUGGCGAACCGCAGCCCCACCACUCCCGGAGUCCCCACCGGGAGACGGCGUUCCAGGGAACUGCCCGAAACACCGCCAACCACGGGCUCCUGCAAGAAGCGAUGGCUGAAGCAGGCUCUAGAGGAGGAGGGCUCCCCCAGCCCGGCCAGACGGCCCAGUCUCCUCAUGCCCUGUGAGGGUCCUCUCAGCCCCCCCAUUAACGGAGACUCUGACAGUCCCCUACCUUACAAUGGCACCUGCUUGCUGCCGGAGCUGCCGACUCCUUUGAAAAAGCGGCGGUUGAGUCCAUUAGACGCCUGCAUGUCCGAGAGCUCGACGCCCUACGGCUCCCCUUGUGCCACGCCCACCAGGGCAGACCAACCGGAGACACCCGCCACCCCCAUCUUACUGGCUACCCCACCGCGUCCCCGAACAGAGGAGCCGAGUACAGAGCCCCUGCCCAGCACCCCAACACAGACACUUAAUGUUCUUCAGGAGAGUGAUUCUUCAGUGGAAAGCUCCCCCGAGGUCAGCCGGAAACCCAGUGUGCAAGAGGCCGAUCGUCCUCCUUCGUUGGUCUCCUCUCCCUCCGCCAGGACUCCUAGUACAGACGGACUCCCGGCAGAAACCAAGGUGUCAGUACCUGAGAGCCCCCAGCCUCCUGCUGCUGAGCCUGUAGACUGUGGAGAGGACAGGGCCGAUGGUGUGGUUGCCGAGGGCAGCAGUGAGGCUUCCUCAUCUGCAGAAACAUGUGCUUCCUCUUUUCCUGGCUGGAUAAAAAGCCCAGAGAGAGUCACGACUGGACCAGCUGGCCUGAACUUCUCUCCAGUCAACUCGAACUUAAGGGACCUCACCCCCUCUCACACCCUGGAGCCUCUGGUAACUCUUUUCAGGCCCGAGGCUACAGCUGGGGCUGCAGCAGGGGCCGCCGUGGCAGCAACUGGCUCAUUGGUUGUCGCUCAGACACCCUUCAGUGAAGGCCAGGGGCCGCUCUUUUAUCCCUGCAUGGAGGAGGGAAGCGUUCUAGGCUUCUCGCGCUCGCUGAAUGGGGACGGCUCUGGUGAGGCAGGAGGGUCAUCUCAGAACCCCCCACAGAAGAAAAAGGUUUCCCUGCUGGAAUACAGGAAGCGUCAGCGGGAAGCUCGUCGCAGCGGCUCCAAGACAGAGUGCGGCUCUCCUGUUUCCACCAUGCUACCUUUGACCGUGGAAGCCUUCCCUGUUGCACAAGAGAUUGCCAGUGAACCUCCUCCCCCACCACCUGCACCAACUCCUCCCUGCAACACCAUCACCUCCACUGUAAAAGAACCCCAGACAAGUGAGGAGGCAGAGACACCGGGAGAGAAAGGAGAGCAGGAAGGAGAAGGACAGUGGACGUCGUCCACUUCUGUAGAGCAGGCCAGAGAGCGCAGCUACCACCGAGCUCUGCUGCUCAGCAAAGACAAAGACACAGAUGGUGAGACAGAAGGUGGAGACACACCUGCACUUAGAGAAUGCCCAUCUCCAAGCCUUCAGCAGACUCCCACACACACACCCUGCUCCCCUGGACCUCUCGCCCAGACUACCAGCCGCACAGCGAAGGAGGAAGACGCCGACGGUCAGCCCCGGACGCCAAAUCCGACCAGCCAGACCCCAAGCAAGCCUGCGGCCACGAAGCCAGCUCCUUUAACCCCGACCAAGCUGCAUCCAACCCCGUUACCCUCCUCCCCUGUCCACUACCCCGGACCCUCCCUACUCCACUCUCCCAAGCCUCAGCCUCAGGGCUCUCCCUACCGCAGCCAGAGGGCGCUGUUCCCCGCUCAGCCUCAGAGCCAGCCCCCGCAACAGGCUCAGACUGGCCUUGCUCCUUUCCCCCAGUACAACUCGCAGACUGCUCCCCCACCACCUCCCCCUCCUCCACCAGCACCCUCCACCUCCACGGCAUAUUUCCCCACUCAGAGCCCCUCAGCUGCCGUACCUUUCCCCGGGUUUAAACCUGCCGUCACAGCCCCUUACCCCUCUGGCUCGCAGCCCCUGAUGCAGACUAUCCCUCACAGCGUGCACUAUCAGAGCUCAGCCACUCCCCCGCCUCCUCCCCCUCCACCCCCGCACCCGAUGCCCGGCCCUACCCUGCUGCACGUCAACAUGCAGCCUCCUCCCAUCCAGCAGCUCAUGCUGACCGCUGCACCUCCCCCACCUCCACCUCCGCAGGGGCAGACUUCCCAGCAGCAGCAGCCCACCACUGGCAGCACCCUGCUAUCCCUCACCCCUCCCCCACCCCCUCCUCCACCUCCCCCCGCACCCUCGACCAACCCCUCGAUGCAGCCGCACCACUUUCAGAACUUAGGAGCUUUGUUGUUGCACCCGGGUGCCGCCGCCAACCCAUCAGUGCCCCCAUCUGCGUACCCCCCAUCCCUUCAGCAGACAGGACUGCCUCCACCUCCCCCUCCUCCUCCCCAACAGACUCAACAAGGUCAGGCCCAGGUCCCUGCCUCCCAGAUGCCUUCUGGGACUCGUGGAGCUCCUGCGUCCUCGACCCCCUUCCACAGCUCGGGGUAUCUGAGCACGGGGUGGCACUGACUGCCCCAGAGAACUCUGCCUGAGAGGGGCAUGUAUUAUAAGCUGUAGAUAUGUUUUCUAUGUACCUGAACACGUGGCCAGUGGAAAAACAGCUGAUUGUGAGAUAAAAGGUUACUUUUUAAAAAAACAAAAAGGACGGAACAUUGUAGAAAAAAGGAUAAGAAAUAAUCUUCACAACAAACUGUAUAAAAAUGAAGAUGGACGAUCUUCCCCGGUGCUCAUCGCCCUCUCUCUGGCCUCCGUUUGUUUUUAUAUAUCCUUCCUGUGAUGGAGAGGAAAACUCUGUUCUGUGUCUUGUUUGGACCCCUGUUGUAAGGCUCCGCACUUUGUUUAUCAAUGGACAUUCCAGCCUAUAACCCCCUCUUCCUUCUCCUCUCCCUCCUCCUCUUCCUCCUUUGUCAGUUAUUCCUUUACUUCCUCUUCUCUCUCGUCUAUUGUCGGCUCCCUUCACCAUUUAUUUGUUUUUAUCUAGUGGCUCAUUAUAGCAAAGAGAAAGCUUUUUGUAUAGAGAAAAAAAACACAAUUAUUUUUUUUAUUCCUCUGUCUAACAACGAGUAUCUGUUCACUGCUGCAGAUUCAGAAAAGACCCGUUACUGGUAGCCUGCGUCACCAACCCGGAAGUGUGUGUGUGUGUGUGUGUGUGUGUGUGUGUGUGUGUGUGUGUGUGUGUGUGUGUGUGUGUGUGUGUGUGUGUGUGUGUGUGUGUGUGUG